GGCAACCCUACGCCACUGUCCCCUAAUAGCGCGCAGCUCUGUAACUUGUCACCGACACUUACAAUCAGAUCAGCUGUCAAACACUGACAAACAGCAGCUGACGCAACUUCCGAUCAAUUUUUCCUCAAACCAUCCUUGCAAACUAGACAAGAAGGCAGAGUCAUAGUUAGAAAUAUCCAGUGAAUUGUAAUUCAAUCAGUAUUUUAGUCAGAAACCGUCAUCCUGCAGUAUUAACACCGAAUUAAAACGAGGAGACCAAAUCUUUGAGCUCGCAUAACCACAAACAUAGCGUGCUACAGAGAACUCCAAAAUCCAUCCGAAACGUUCCAACACAAAACUCAAAGAUUUGUUGCGAACCACGUCGGAACGGGGAUUCAGGAUGCCGGAGACCGACCGCUUCGACUGCCAGCUGUGCGAUCUGGCCAACAAUAUUGACGACAUGGUCCAGUGCGAAGGCUGCGGUAAGUGGUUCCACUUUGGAUGUGUGGGCUUCGACGACGGCAAGAAAGAGGACCACUGGAAGUGCCAGGAAUGUGCCGCGAAAACCACUUUCGGCGGCCCCGAUGGAGACUGCAGUGCUCAGGUCAGCAGCGGGCACCGACAGACCGACGAUUCCUCUCGGGGAACAGAAGCUAUUGGGGGGCUCGCACGACUUAACCUCAAACUGCUGGAGGAGCGAAAAGCCGUCCUGCUUAGGGAGAUCGAACUACAGCAGGCGGCGCAGCUCGAACAACGAAAAUUGCAGUUGGAAAAGGAGGUGUGGAAGGUGCGGUACGAUAUCGUAAAUGCAAGGAGUGAAUCAACCAGCGGUGAAGGAAACAUCGGCGGUCUUGGAGACUGGAUGAAUCGAUUGGACCAGGUUGCUGUCCGCCAGAACCAGCUAGUUUUGGCACCGGCGAGUACAGAGACGGUUGCGACUACGAUGUCCGGAACAAGACUGCAACAUUCCGCCACUGGAGGGAUGAAAUCCACCCCGCAAGCCACUUCGUCUUUACCGGCCGUCGCAUCGCUCUUCGGGGGCGAAUUAGGUCCAGUUUCCCAGCCGAUUUCUACUGCGAUCUCAACACAAGUGAACCUGCAACAAAGCCACCUACCUGCAAGCGUGCAUCCGAUGGGACAAACUACAAGCUUUACGCACGAAUUCCAGCCUGGAGGAGGAGCAAACCGUCCGGGAUCAUCGACGCCGAUCACCACAGCAAAUUGGAUCAAUCCAGUGACGGGUCUCACCAGCUCCACCCAGUGUCUGCCACCAUCGAUCAGCUCAGUUGGUCAGUUUGUCAGCUAUCCGGGACAAUCCGGGCACGUAAGCCAACCAUACCAGGUAACAAGUAGCUUAAGCAAUUUUGCUCCAGUAGGUCAGGUAGCUUAUUCGCAGUAUGCAAAUUGUAGCGUAGGGCCAGUUUAUCCCCAAAUGAGCACAAUAAAUGCACACACGUCCUACGCUCCCUUCCCCCUCCCAACAAGCCUUCCUCAACCGAAUCCACAUAUUUCGCAAGCACCAUUUGGUGCCCAAGUGAUUCCUGUCGCGAAUAUCGAUAAUUCAGCACCGACAUCUCGUCAACUCGCGGCGCGACACGUUAUGCCGAAAGAGCUUCCAGUGUUUAGUGGCAAUUCGGAAGAGUGGCCUAUGUUCUUCAGUGCUUUCAACACCUCCACGGAAGCGUGUGGUUACAGCAACGUGGAGAAUCUCGGCCGGCUCCAGCGGUGCCUGAAAGGUGGGGCAUUGGAGGCAGUUCGCAGCCGUUUGCUGCUGCCUACAUCAGUGCCGCAAGUGAUGCAGACUUUGCAGUUGCUGUACGGGCGCCCGGAGCAAAUAAUCUACGCACUGCUUCAGAAGGUACGAGAGGUUCCGGUACCGAAAGCCGAUAAUUUGUGUACUGUAGUGGCCUUUGGGAUGGCAGUGCAGAACUUCUGCGAGCAUCUGGAGGCAGCGGGACAAGUGCUACAUUUUUCGAACCCGGUUCUACUCCAGGAGCUCGUGGAUAAGCUUCCAGCGAAUCUCAAGUUAGAGUGGGUAACAUUCAAGCGGCAGUUUGCGGUGGCUGACCUUCGUGUAUUCAGUCGAUACAUGGCCAAUCUGGUAUCAGCGGCCGCUGAAGUCACACUCACGCUGGACCCGAGAGGAUCAAAACCGAAAAGGGAAGAGAAGCAGAAAGGUUUCGUCAACGCUCACGCUACACCAUCCGGUGCAGCGAUGUCCGUGAAGCCAACAGUGGAGUCCACGAAGGCAGUAUCGUCGAUCACCUGUCUGGUCUGUGGAGAUCCGGAUCAUCGAGUGAAGGAGUGUAAAGUCUUCAAAAAGAUGGAUCCUGACGACCGUUGGAAAACUGUUCGAGACCAUUUCCUGUGCCGGAUCUGCCUCGGGAAGCAUGGUAGAAAGCCAUGUCGAUCCGCAGCUCGAUGUGACGUGCAGGGCUGCCAAAUUUUGGAUUUCGAUCCGUUUUCAUGUGGAGAUUCCGAUAAUGGAAUGAUCUGA